AUGGAUCGCUCUAAUCGAAGGGCUUUGCAGCAGCUAGAGCAGACCCGCCCGCCAGGGGACGAGCCGGCCACAGUCGUCACCAUGGAGAACAAAGGGCAAGACAAGGUGCUGCUGGGGCUGGUUAUCGCGCUGCCGGUGACGCUUGCAGCAGCGGCAUUGGUCCUGGGCUUCCUGCUGUGGCGGCAGUGCCGCCGUACCCGCACUCUGGCGGGCAGCGUGAGGCCCCCAGGGGUAGGCCCGCAGACGACGCUCCUGGUCACGGACAUCAUGGUGAGGUGCACUCGAGAGCACUGGGCCAUGUACGACCACUAUACGGCAGCGAGCCUAAAAUUAGAGGGUGGGCGGGUGCUCUGGCGGUUGUACCACGUGAAUGUUGGGGUUCUCAUCACCCAGAACUCAACCGUCUUGUGGGAGUCCAUUCCCGCCUUUUCCAUGGACAAAGCGGUGCGGCUACACCAUGCAUGCCUGAGAAAGCUGCUGCGGCCUUUCAACGGCUACGAAAGCGCAACGGAGGGCGACUGCUUCAUUCUGGCCUUCCAUGCGCCGGCCGAUGCGGCCCGGUAUGCCUUGGCGGCGCAAUUGGAGCUCAUGGACCAGCCCUGGCCUCUGGAAGUUCUGAAUCAUCCCGAUGCAUGUGAGUGCCCUGCGCUAUUGUAUCUAAGGUUUGCUAAGCGUGUCUUCGAAGUGCACUUGGCGGCUACGUGUCCUAGGAAGUGCGUUUAUUUGUGUUUAAGCGUGGGUCACGUCAUGCCGUUUGCCUGUAUGUUUGUCAUAUCUCAAUGGGAGUUCAGGCGCCGCAUUCCCCGUGUCAGCGCGCCCGCAACGGCGGGCUCGGGGAUGGCCGUACCGCCACCGUCCCAAACGGGAAGCCCUGUGAUUGACGGCAGUACAGCAGCCGCUGUACACGCUUUACCCCAGCUGAGCCGUGCCAUGCUGCACAGCCUCACCGCUUCAUGGCGCUUUCCGCUUCGCUGGGGUGGCAGCGGCGGCGGCGCAUUGUCGUCCCGUACGGCAGCGGACGAGGCGACCGUUCAACUUGUUCAGCGGGAGCGCAUGUCCGUCAGCACACAGCCUGCAAUGUUACGGAUGUCGUACUGCGAUGGAGCCAGCGGUGCGACGCCUUUCGCGUACGGCGGCAGCGCGCAUGGAAACAUAUGUACGGAAAUGGAAUCGUCCACUCGUGGGCUGUACGUGCGUAUGGCCAGCGCGGCAAAUGACGACCGGCCGCUGGCCCCUACAAGGACUCGUCGGCAAUACCGGUCCAUCUUUGCUACGUACUCUGAUAGCCUGCAUGACGCCCAAUCAGGCAACUCCCCGAAGCUCCAGCUCUCACAGAGGCAGCCGUUCCCGGGGUCCACUGAGGGACCGCCGCCGGCGGGAAUCAGGCUAUGUGCUCGAUCUGAAGGCGUCGGAGGCCUCAGCGGCAUGUCGUCAUUCGAAUCCCGAAGGCUGUUCCCUGCCGGAGGUAACAACUUCACGAGCGGUUCACGGCCCUCCCUGGACGCAACGCCCGCUGGCAGUCGGCUAGGUGCAGUGGCCAGCACUGGUGCACUACUGGGCAGGUCCCCGCUUGCUGCCUCUCACGACUAUCACCACAAAAGCAUCAAGCCCGCCUCCACGAACAGCAGCCUCCGAAUCCGCCGCCCUGUGGGCUACACCCUGCGGUCAUCUUCCGACGCACACAUCGCGCUGCCACCUCUGGACGGUCAUCUUAAUGAGCAGUCCAGGGUCGCAGAUUCGAAGAUCACGACCGCCGAUUGCAACGGAGGAUCCAACGCGGCGGUGACUGAGGCCAUCGGCGGUGGCGGCGGCCGUGGUGGGGGAUCUGAAGGCACCACCGCCGCCGCCGCUGCUCCGGAAUUCAGUGCUGUUUUGCGAGAGAGUGACAUCAACGGAGCCGAUGGUGGCCGGGGAACGAGCUGCACGUGUGAUGCCGAUGGUAGCGGCAAUUUUGGCAAGAUCCUCAUCGCGGCGGUGGCAGCGGCAGAGGCGGCGUCCAAAUCUGCUGGCUGCGAAGAACAUGCGCCUCCGAAGAGAGACACGGCGGCAGCGGCGUCCUUGGCGACGGCGACGAUGGUCGCAUCGCCGGCGGAUUCCCCAGUCCUCAAAGCAACCUCGGGCGCCGUAUGCGGCUUAGCAACGGGAAGUCGGCAGCAGGAUGAGGAGCACGAAGACGUGGGCUUCUUGCCUUUGCCGCCGCAGCAAAUGCAACAGCAGGAGCAUAAGCAGCAACGAAACCAGCAAGAAGUCUCGCCGCGGCCGCCACCGCCGCCGCUGGCUGCUGCUUCUGGAACAGCUGAAGCGGCUCUGGACUCAGUGGACACGGUGGACACACUGGUGGUGCCUAGGAGACCCGGCCAGUCUGCCGCCGUCGCUACAGGGGAAGCCACGAAAUCAAUCUACCGUGGGACUACUGGGCCAUUGAACGACAACCCGAAGUACGAUCAUGUACGGCAAUGGAUGAAUAAUAGCCGAAAAGCAGCUGCAGGAGUAGCAGUCGAGGCCGCCAGCACAGCUACCAUCGCUGCCGCAGGCUCGGUGGCUGCAGCGGUGGCGAGGUUGGAGGCCGGCCGUGGAGGUAGGGGUCUGGUCAUUGGGGUUCGCUGCUCGCUGGUAGUUGGCUGGUUAAAUGCUGAUGGUGGUUGGAUAGGUGGAAUGGGAAAUAGGCAGAAGCGAUUCGGAGUUUUAUAUGUAGGCAGGGAAGGCACUUCCUCCUUGGGUGGUCGAAGGCGCCAAAGCAUGCUCGAGCCUGAUCAGGCACUACACAUGCGGCGAAAGACCUCGGUGGCAAUGACAGCGGGAGUGGGCUGCAGCGCCGCCCGGAAGUCAUCCGAGGCGGAGGUGGUGGACACGGUACCGCUAUCGGGCUCCAUAACGCCGCAAGCCGCCGCAUCGUACGAUGGGGGCCUUCGGCGCUCAGUUGGCUUGAAACCGCUGGAUGGAAGAUCGGAAUGGGCUUCGGAUCGUUAUGAAAAUGGCAACGCGGACCUUUGCAACCUGGUAGGGGCCUUGAUGCCGCAGAACCGCUUCAGGAUCUCCUUCAGCCCCUUGCCCGUGCGAACUAGAGGCGGCGGACAAAGGCACUCCUCCCUUGGCAGUGUUGGCGGCGGUCAUGGUGGCGGCGGCGGCGGCGGUGCCGGCUGUCCCGGCCAGCUCCGCCACUACUCUCUCGGCGGUGGCGGCGGCGGCAUUCCGAGCUGCGGCCCGACGGUGAAUCCCCCGGUCACCGGGAGCGGACUCCGGUCCCCUGGCAACGCCGUCGGAGGCAGCAGUGACGGCGCUGGCGGUCCGUUGUACGGAGACUGCGAGCCACUGCAGCGGAGCUCUACCGUGUCAAACAGCGACCACUUGGAUCUUGCACGAUACUGCACCUCAGGCCUGUGGGUGACUGUGUGA